AUGUCUCCCAUGCUUCUGAACCGUCUCUCUGAUGGCCCCGCCACCGUCCUCUCUCCGCACCAGGAACACGCCUUCGCUCAGUUCCCUUCCCAGUCUUUGCUGGACCCCUCUGGCGGUUUCAAUAGCUACCCUGCCAGCCCCAGCUCCGUCUUCGCGAACAAUGGCUCCGCACAGCCUGCCUCGAGCUCCGAUGCCAACUCUGCUACGGUUGCACCCAAGCCGUGUCGCAAGAGGUCGCGUGACGAAGCCGCCUUUGAGGAAGCCUUUACCCUCAACGCUCCCUCCGAGCCGCAGCCCCCGCCAGCUCCCAAAGCCGAGCCCAUCUAUGGUGAGGGAAUGGUUCUGCUGAACCCUGACACUGGUAUGGCUCUCUCUGCGGAGAGCCAAACUGGCACGUGGUACGAAGAGAAGGCCGAGUCGCAACAUACGGCCGGGGACCCUAUCUCGUCUCGUUCGAUUGCGCUCCAGUCCGACGCCGCCGAAAUCAGCCGCAAGUCUCAGCGGCUCGACCAAUCCGCCCCAGGCCUUGAUGACAUUGCGCUCUCGUCGAUCCGCCAGCGCUUGAGUGGCCCCGAUUACAACGACCAGCACCGCUCGCUUCCUUCUGGGUCCACGCCUCCCAGCGAACCUCAUAUCGACGAUGCCACCCUCCUUCUCGGCAUCAGCUGGCAGCGCAUCGACACGGACGAUGAUAUGGCCCCCGCCGUCCGCGGCUGGACCAAGUACAUCGACAAUCAGUACGCAGCUCAUCUGCGCCGUUCGCAGAUGCUCUUGAAAAGCCGCGCGCUGAGCGCCUUCCUCGUUUCUGCGACGCCUCUUUCUUCCUUCUCUACGUCAUUCUAUCUUUUCAACGAUGAUCUUACUCAGUGUCAACUUGUGGCAUCCUCUUGGGACGCUUGCCUGCAAAACCUCCGCUGCACGCCUAUCGUCUUCGAAGGCUCGACUCCUCUUGUUGCCGCGGCUCGAUCUGCCUCUCCUCCCGACGCCAAUCCGUUUGCCUCCAACACGGAAACUGGCGUGCCUCUGCUGCAGCAAGCUCUCUCCAAUCACUCUCAUGCGCCCACUGGCAUGGACGCGGGAAUGGGUCAGAACGGAGGCGUGGAAAUGGGCAUGGAGAUCGACUCGUAA